AUGUCAAAGGCAGUAGGCGAUUUAGGUUUGAUUGGUUUGGCGGUGAUGGGCCAAAACUUGAUUUUAAACGCAGCCGACCAUGGAUUUACCGUCGUUGCUUAUAAUAGAACGCAAUCAAAGGUAGAUAGGUUUUUAGCUGAUGAGGCAAAAGGGAAAUCAAUAAUUGGUGCCACUUCAAUUAGAGAUUUGGUUGCCAAAUUGAAAAAGCCAAGAAAAAUUAUGAUCUUGAUAAAAGCUGGUGCGCCAGUCGAUAACCUAAUAAAAGAACUUGUACCACAUCUGGACAAAGGCGACAUUAUCAUUGAUGGUGGUAACUCUCAUUUCCCAGACUCCAACAGACACUAUGAAGAACUGACCAGGCAAGGUAUUCUGUUCGUAGGCUCCGGUGUCUCAGGUGGGGAAGAUGGUGCCCGUUUCGGUCCUUCUCUGAUGCCUGGUGGAUCCGAAGAAGCUUGGCCGCAUAUCAAAGACAUCUUUCAAUCCAUUGCUGCCAAAUCCGAUGGCGAACCAUGCUGCGAAUGGGUGGGACCUGCCGGGUCGGGUCAUUAUGUCAAGAUGGUACAUAAUGGUAUCGAGUACGGCGAUAUGCAAUUGAUUUGCGAGGCUUAUGAUAUUAUGAAAAGAAUUGGCCGGUUUACCGACAAAGAGAUCAGUGAGGUGUUUGAAAAAUGGAACAAUGGUGUCUUAGAUUCCUUUUUAAUUGAAAUCACGAGAGACAUCUUAAAAUUCGAUGAUGUCGACGGUAAGCCCUUAGUAGAAAAAAUCAUGGAUACCGCUGGUCAAAAGGGUACCGGUAAGUGGACUGCCAUCAACGCUUUAGAUUUGGGUAUGCCAGUCACUCUAAUCGGUGAGGCUGUGUUUGCUCGUUGUCUAUCAGCAAUAAAGGAUGAACGCAAAAGGGCCUCUAAACUUUUAGCGGGACCAACGGUGCCAAAGGACGCAAUUGAUGACAGACAACAAUUCGUGUGUGACUUAGAACAAGCGCUCUAUGCGUCGAAGAUUAUUUCAUAUGCUCAAGGUUUCAUGCUGAUACGCGAAGCUGCUAGAUCGUAUGGGUGGAAAUUGAACAAUCCCGCGAUUGCGCUAAUGUGGAGGGGCGGCUGCAUCAUCAGAUCUGUGUUCUUGGCUGAAAUCACUAAAGCCUACAGAAACGAUCCAGAUUUGGAAAAUUUGUUAUUCAACAAGUUUUUCGCUUCUGCAGCCACGAAGGCUCAAUCUGGUUGGAGAAGGUCUAUUGCUCUUGCUGCAACUUACGGUAUCCCCACCCCAGCUUUUUCUACUGCCUUAGCGUUUUACGACGGCUAUCGAUCAGAGAGACUGCCAGCAAAUCUAUUACAAGCCCAACGUGAUUACUUCGGCGCUCAUACUUUCAGAAUUCUACCUGAAUGUUCUUCUGCCCACUUACCAGUAGACAAAGAUAUUCACAUCAAUUGGACUGGACAUGGAGGUAAUAUCUCUUCUUCCACUUACCAAGCUUAA